UGAAAAUGCAAGUUCAAAUAUCUAAUCGAAAUUCACACGCAAUUUCAAUUAUUGCCAAUGGUAUGUUCUGAUAUGUAGUGUUGUUGGCGUAAGUGAUGGUUUACUUUCUAGCUGCUAAUUAAUCGUCGCACCUACACAAAUAAAAUAGUAUCCCCACUAAACCCCGCUAAAGAAGUCAGAGCUUCCCCACGUAACAAUUAACCUUAGCAGGUCCCACCUAUCUGCUAACUUCACAUUUGGGAACUGGCAACCUUGUUUGUUAAUUCCAUUCUCUAUUUUAGACCGAAUAGCUUCUACCUCUGCUCUCAUUACCCCUCAUAGACCAAAUUACUUUCACUUAAUUCGAGAUUCCUGCUACCACAGACAAGCUGAUAACCAUGGCAAGUCCCAAAGUGAGCGAAGCGCUGGCCCAAGUCCAAUCAUCACCAGACCCCGCGUCUGCCUACGAAAGCCUUCUCGUGAACCUGAAAUCCGUAUCAACACCACAAACACUCCUCAACGACCUAAAGGCCAUUAUCGAUGCCGUAUUCAGCACUUCACAGCUUGGCGUAGUCGCUCAACGAUCACUCCUCGGUCGCUUCGUAACCACAGUCCACGAAUUCGAAAACCCAGACGUAUGGGUAGCAGCUGCUGAACACGCCCUCGCAGUCCUCUCCUCCGCCUCCGCGGGCCCCGCAUCGACAACAACAGCAAAUACAUCCACCGCGACCACCACAUCCGGCACAUUCCUAGACCAAGCCGCCUCCCUCCGCGAGCUAGCAGCCGACGGCCACGAAGCGAACGAAGACAACAUAUCCGCCGCCCGCGUACUAGCCGAGAUCCCACUCGACAGUUCCCAACGACGUGUAACAUACGAAGAUCGAGUGCGCGUAUGGGUCCGGAUCGUACGUAACUACCUCGAAGUCGACGACACAACCUCCGCCGAGACCUACCUGAACAAGCUCAAGAACGUAAUAUACCAAGUCUCGGACCCAGCCCUAAACCUCCAUUUCCGCCUCUCACAAGCCCGUAUCCAAGAUGCACAACGCCAGUUCUUGUCCGCGAGCCAGGCUUAUCACGAUAUCAGUCUCUCUGCUGCGAUUUCUGAGGAUGAAAGAUUGCAUACCCUGAGUAUGGCUGUGAAGUGCGCUAUCCUCGCACCUGCCGGCCCGCUGCGUAGUAGGGCGUUAGGAAAAUUGCUUAAAGACGAGCGAUCGGCGGGCCUACCCGAGUUUGGCAUGCUAGAGAAAAUGUUUUUCGACCGAUUACUGGCCCCAGACGAAGUACAGAAAUUCGCGGAGGGAUUAGCACCCCAUCAGUUGGCGCUUACCGCGGAUGGAACGACGGUGCUUGCGCGUGCUGUUGUUGAGCAUAAUUUACUGGGUGCGUCGAGGCUUUAUGCUAAUAUUGGGUUUGAUGCUCUGGGUGAGCUUUUGGGCUUAGAUGCCGACCGUGCGGAGGAUACGACGGCGCGGAUGAUUGAGCAGGGCCGGCUGGUGGGUCGAAUUGAUCAGAUUGAACGUGUGAUCUGGUUCGAGGCUGGUAGUGAGGGGGAAGCAUCCGGUGAGAAGGGCAGUGGUCGUGCUGAUGUGAAGGUCGGAAGAGAGAUGCGUCGUUGGGAUGCCAAUGUGCAGAGCUUGGCGGAGGAGGUUGAGAACGUCACGAAUGCGCUGCAGCGUGAGUUUCCGGAUUUCGUGGCUGCGAAUUUGGUCGUAUGAGGGGUGAUAUGAUGCUGCAGAAAUAUGGUGGAAGUGAAGACGGACAAUGAAAAUGAGAAGGAAAAUCAUUUAUGAUUAAUGGCAAUGAAUGAGUACCCCUUGGUUUGGCGUUGCCGGAUAAUGAAUGAAUGCAUAGAUACGGCGUCACGGAUAGAUAUUGUUACGAACCAUACCGGUGCACUGAAAUAAAAAAGUACUACUGAAUGAAACAAGACUGA